UACUCUCUCUUAUCCAUAUUUACAUUUUACAUACAAAUUUAUACACAACACACACACACACACAAAAAAUCAAUCAAGUGAAAAAGUCCAUCAAACUUGGUCUAUUUAAUUUCUUCUCAAGAUUCAAAUAAUUUCUUGAAUAAACAGGCGUACGCACACUAAGCGAAAAAUCGAAGAUGAUGUGUUUGGUUUCUAGAACUGGACGAGAAUUGCAACGUUACGACAUGGGUCGUCGACUUGUUGUCGGAUGUAUUCCAUAUAGAUAUAAAACAGAAAAUGGUGAGCUUGAAGUCCUCGUUAUCAGCUCGCAGAAGGGCCAUGCUAUGAUGUUUCCUAAGGGUGGUUGGGAGCUCGAUGAAUCUGUUGAAGAAGCCGCUUCCCGAGAGUGUUUUGAAGAGGCUGGUGUUGUUGGAAUAGUCGAGUGUGAAUUAGGAAAAUGGAGUUUUAAAAGCAAGAGUCAAGGUAUAUACCGUGAAGGACACAUGUUUCCAAUGCUCGUCGCCGAACAACUUGAGCUUUGGCCAGAGAAAAACCUUAGGCAAAGAGUUUGGAUGAAAGUAGAAGAAGCAAGAGAAGUUUGCCAGAGUUGGUGGAUGAAGGAAGCUUUGGAUGUUUUUGUAGAGAGACUUUCUUCACAAACGUCGACCUUCACUAAUUAAAGAAGAUUUUUUGAAUUAGUAUAUAAUUCUUAGUUAGGAAAAUAAUUUGAUGCAGCUUCAUCUUUCUUACGAGUUUAAUUGUAUUGCCAUUGUACAUAAACAAAGAACAAAAUGUUAAUUAGUCCUCUAA